ACCCAAGCCAACUAAACCCAUGAAAAUGAAUUACCCCAUAACAGUUAAUCGAACAAAAAUAAGCAUAAUAAGUUCAACAACCGUAUUUUGUUUAACUUACAGGAAUAAUUCAAGUUAAGUGAAAUAAUAACAAAACCACAAGAAAUAGUGAAAUACUCCCCGAAUCAGUUGUCUAGGUGAAUUGUAUAGCCCUCAAAAGAAAUUACCAGGCCAAUAAAAAAGAUCACAGGCCCACAAUGAGAUGCAGUUAGUCCAACACCCCUGUAUCCCUUUGUGCGUUUCCGGUAUCAGCAACAGAAGUCGGAAUCCCUCUUCUUUCUUCCUCACGUUCUUAAGCAGAUUCUACACACAGAAAAUCGAGGUCUAUAUUUUUCAAACGAUCCCAGGAAACGAAGAUGAAAAUAAAGGUUGUAUGGAGGCUCAAAGGUGGGGUCGUCGUGCGUGGUGGUGUUGGGACGAAGGCAUUCGGUGGUGGCUGUUUGUGUGGGUGAUUUGGCGGAUAACGGAGGCUGUAAUGGAGGGUGAAGUGGGGUUUAGGUGGAGGUCAAAAGGAUUGAGGGUAAAGGAGGUUCAAGGGUGGAAUAAGGUGGUCACGUGGUGGCUGAUGAAUGGAGGAGGGUGGUACUUGGUGGUGUUGUGCAGGUAA